AUGGCCUCUCCCAUAGACCAUCUCGCCCAGCUACUGAAUGCGACUCUGGAUGCGAAGCAUCAUCGCAAAGCCGAAAAUGCACUCAAGGAAGAGGCCAAGAAGCCGAAAUAUUCUCUCUCCCUUCUGAGCAUCGUCAGCAGUGGAACUCAAUCCUCCAACAUCCGCCUUGCCGCCGCCCUCGCCUUCAAGAACUUCAUCCGCCAUAACUAUGUGGACGAAGAGGGCAACUACAAGCUUCCCCUCGACGAGGUGCAGACCAUCAAGCAGGAGCUUGUUGGCUUGAUGAUCUCAUCCCCACCAGCGAUACAGACACAGCUCGGCGAAGCCAUCAGCAUAAUCGCCGACUCGGAUUUCUGGGAACGAUGGGACACGUUGAUCAGAGACCUUGUCAGCCGCCUCUCCAACACCGACUACAAGGUUACAAAUGGCGUCUUGGAAGUCGCACACUCCAUCUUCGUGCGGUGGCGUCCCCUGUUCCAAUCCAACGAGCUCAACCGGGAGAUUUUGCACGUCGUCGAGACCUUCGGCGACCCCUUCAUCCAGAUGCUGGGUAUUGCGGACCAGCAGAUCGAGGCAAACAAAGACAACGAGACUGCACUCAAGGGCUGGCUCGAGACCAUGAGCCUGCUGACCAGAAUUUUCUACGACCUGUCGUGCCAGGAUCUGCCUCCAGUCAUCGAGACGAACCUGAAGCCCAUUACCGUCAUCCUUCACAAGUAUCUUUCGUACACGAACCCGGUAUUUGACGCCGAAGACGAAGAAGCCACCCCUCUCGAGACGCUCAAGUCAGACAUUUGCGACGCCCUUCAGCUGUUCACGAAUAAGUACGACGAUGACUUUAAGUACUACGUCCAGGAAUUUACAAACAGCGCCUGGAACGUGCUGUCAAGUGUUGGCCCGCAAAAGAGAUACGACAUCCUCACGAGCAAGGCGCUCCAAUUUCUCACAGCUGUCGCGUCGGUGUCCAGCCACGCCCAAAUCUUCAACAACGAGCAGAUCCUGAGCACCAUCGUCGAGAAGGUGGUUCUCCCCAAUGUCUCGCUUAGAGAGUCGGAUAUUGAAAUGUUCGAGGACGAGCCGAUUGAGUUUAUCCGCCGCGACCUGGAAGGCUCGGAUACCGACUCCAGGAGAAGAGCGGCAACCGACUUUUUGCGGAAACUGCUCGAGAAUUUUGAACUUCUCGUGACCGAAGUCGUCUUCAAGUACAUCAACCACUACCUGGCCUUGGGCAAGACCGACUGGAAGGCAAAGGACACUGCCGUCUAUCUCUUCUUGGCCAUCGCUGCAAAGGGCGCCGUCACUGCGGCUCACGGAGUGAGGACGGUAAAUAGCCACGUCAACGUCAUCCAAUUCUUCGAGCAAAACAUCGCUGCAGACCUUCUCUCCGAAGCGACUCAACCUAUCGCCAAGGUGGACGCUAUCAAGUAUCUAUACAAUUUCCGCAGUCAGCUUAACAAGGCGCAGUGGACAACUGCCCUUCAGCCCCUUAUCCAGAACCUGGCCUCAUCCAACUAUGUCGUCUACACCUAUGCGGCGAUUGCUGUAGAGCGAGUACUUUAUUUGACGGAUGAGAACGGGCAGCACUUGUUCCCGCGGAGCGACAUACAACCUUAUGCCAAGGAUCUGCUGGAGCACUUGUUUGCGCUAAUUGAGAAGGACACGUCAGCCGCAAAGCUGCAGGAGAAUGAGUUCUUGAUGAGGUGUAUCAUGAGGGUUCUGAUUGUGAUGAAGGAUGGGGCAGUCGAGUGCGGUAUCGAGAGUAUCCUCACCCACCUGAUCAAUAUCACCAACGUCAUCAAGGAGAAUCCUAGCAACCCGCGUUUCUACUACUACCACUUCGAAGCAAUAGGCGCCCUUGUCAGAUACUGCAGCAGCUCGCCCAAGGUGAACUUGCUAGGUCGGCUUUGGGAGCCUUUCGCGGCCAUCCUUAAUGAGGAUGUCUCUGAAUUUGUCCCUUUUGUCUUUCAGAUUUUUGCCCUGCUCCUCGAGCUCAGUCCGGCGGCUCAAGUACCUGGCGACUUCAAGGUGUUGAUCGAAGCGGUCCUUGCCCCGGGGCCAUGGGAAACAAGGGGCAACGUCCCACCGCUGUCGAGAUUUAUUGUCGCCAUUAUUCCCAGGGCUGGAGAGGAAAUCAAGGCGGAAAACAAGCUGGAGCCGUUCCUGAGUAUCUUCCAGCGUCUGCUUGCCGGGAAGAAGACAGAGCAAAAUGCUUUCGAUAUUCUCGAGGCCAUCGUCGGCACAUUCCCAGGGGACGUCUUGGAACCUUAUUUUGGGACCAUCAUUACACUAGUCUUCAGCAAGCUGCAAACCAACCCAACCGACUCUUACAAGUCGCGGGUCGCCCGUUUCUAUCACCUCGUCUCGGCAAGAGCCGGUGACAAAGGAAAGAUGGGCGCGGACUUCUUCAUCAAGCACGCCGAGGCCAUCCAGGCAAACGUCUUCACCCCCUUUUACCUGACCAUCAUCCUGCCCACCACGGGCCAGUUUGCCCGCCCGGUCGACCGCAAACUGGGCGUCAUCUCGUACACCAAGACACUAUGCGAAUCGGUCGCUUUCGCGGAGCGGUACCAAAAGGGGUGGGGCUUCACGUGCAACAACCUGCUGGAUCUGCUCAAGAACCCGCCGAAGGUGGCGGCUGGGUUCGGGGAUGAGAUUGUUAACGAGGCCGACGUCGAUGACAUUGGGUUCGGCGUCGGGUUCACGCCGCUCAACACGUGCAAGCGCGGGCCGAGGGACGAUUUCCCCGAGAUUCUCGAGGUGGACAAGUGGGUGAGCCAGUACAUGAAGGAGGCGAACCAGCGGCAUGGAGGCAAGAUUAUGACGUUUGUUGCCGAGAGGCUCACGCCCGAAGCCAAGGCUGCGCUGAGCCCCUACUUAGCAUAA